AUGAGUUCUCAACCCCUCAGGGGUGACGCUCGAACGCGCCCUUCGAGGAUUCCUACCUUUCAGGCGCCAACAAAAGCGAGUCUGGCAAGGUCACAUCCCGAACUCUUGGAACGCGCUCAUAAUAAAUCACCGGGGAAGGACCGGAAUCAGGAUGAUCAGCAGAAGCAGGCGGAAGCGGGAGUAUUUGGGCUGCGGGAUAGAAAGGCUUUUCGACCGUCGUUGGCGUCGACUGCAAGCCCUGUGCGUACUGCGCGACAAGUCGGAGAUGCGCGCUCGCCGUUCUCAACGCGACGGUCGAGUGGAAUUCAAGCAUUUGCUGCCCCCCCAAGACGAGUGCCCAGGAAAAUCACUCCUGCAGACUUCGUCUUCGGGUCUCCAGCAAACUUACCGAAUACUGUGGCAAAUCCGGAACCUAUAAACACCCCGGAAGAUCAACUAGCGUCGGAACUUGGCAGCGCGACAGGAGAAGUGAAUGUGAGCAUUAAUUCUGAGCAGCCGCCUUUGCAUGAAGAAUUUGAGGAACCGGACCUUCCCCCGACGCCGACUCAGUUAGGCUUGGAAAAUCCCCCGGAGAGACCAAGAGGACUUUUGAGCAGCAGCCCUAGCACGCAGCUUGAGAAAUUCCGAACGCGGAGAACUGGUGAACUACUAGAGAAAAGCCCUUCCAAGCUCAGGAAGGUUGAUUAUGGGCGACAAACAGGUGACCAAUCAGGACUCGGCGUCAUUGUAUCGAAAGAGUUUCUUCCAGAACCCGUUGUGAAGAAACAAAAACUCAAGAAAGAGCUCUCUGCCGACUUGAGAAAGCUCAAGGAGGACAUCGCGGAAUUGGAGAGCUGGUCAGAGAGGUUCGGCCAACAACAUGAGACCAUGGAGUCGGACCACGACCUGGACAAACUCAUAUCUAUAUUAGUAACUGAAGACCCGGUCAGCAAAAACGUGAAGCGCCCUGCUGCCAAUCCGUCGAUAUCGUCCUUAUUAUCAGCCCUAUUACCUUUCUCCACAAAGUUCGCGCCGUCAAUACAGCAGUCCCCUACCCCUACAAAUCCGUUUGCUCUUGCAGCAUCUGCUCGCGCAAAGCCAUACUUGACUGUUUUUGCACCGUUAAACUUAACCGCGCAUUCAAACACUACCUCCGACUCAAAGAACGAUACCCUUCUUGAAAAACAUCACUUGACACUGACCGCUCCAGCCCCAUUUCCAUCCAACGUCUACAGUAUACCCGUCGUUUACGAAACGAACACGGAAUUACUGUGCUUGACCUCAAUAUCAGUCCCGACGAGUCCUGGAACUUCCUUAACGAAAAUCCCUAUACCACUGAGACGAUGGAUUGAUUCAAGGCUGUCCAAUCCGCUCCUGAAAUUAGACAUAACUGGCCUCUGUCAGGGCAUCAGUCAGUAUUGGGAAGCAAUGCUGUCACGUGCUCUCGUAUGGUCCGAAAUCGAGAACCGUCAUGCAAACCUGCUUGGCCGGCCUGCGUUGGUUGGCGCCCCUGGAAAGAGCAACACACAACAGGGACAAGAUGAUAGGUCAAACUCGCGCCGACUGCUGCCACACCUCAAGCGCAGCACAAUGCUUUUCGAAUCAAAGGAAAAUAGGAUGAAACUACUCCUCUCGUGCGACCUGAGCAUGGACGAAUGGUCAAGUGAACCUAAACUGACGACGGAUAUCAGCAUCGCGUCGAGAUCAACGAGUAAUGGCACAUCCUGCAGAAAAAUUGAACUAGAGACCAAGAAGCUCUUCCGGGAGGUACUGAGGGACUUUAGACGUCAGCAGGGCGCAAAUGAAACUGAGGCCGAUGCUAUCAUUCGAGCUGUCGAGUGCGUCCUAAAUGCUUUAUUCGGCGUUGAAGCUGGCGGAGAGCUCUCGAAGGUACAUGCUUAA